AUGGCCCUCGGCACUGGCCGCAGCGGUCGGUCCAGCUGCCACACUCGCUGCCAUUGCUCCUUGUUCCAUCCAGCGCCCAAAUCACCAAGACAAGACACGAAGAAACUGGCCCUUCCCUUGCUGACGCUUGGACGUGGGCAUGUGAAGCUGACGGCUGAGCGACCCGAUGCUUUGGCCGCCAAGCUUUGGUUGCGUGAGCUGGUUCUAGAGCAACCCCAACUGGCACCCGACAGUGAUGCUUAUCUGCCUGCCCGCCUGAUUCGGGAGCUCCGCGAUGCCCCCGAGCAACUCGUCCUUAAUGCGAUGCGGCAAAUGAGCGAGGGAUCUGCCAAGAUCCCGCAGCUGCAGGCCGCCCGUCUCGUGACACAGCAUCACCGCCGCCUAGCUGCUCCUGCCGCCAUCCUCAGUGUGCUUCGGGAACAUGCCGCCCUCAGUGAGGCGUGGGCCUUGCGCAUGUUGGGAUUGCAGUUGCUAGACCAUGAGCACGGUGCCGAGGCAGCCCGUGUCCUUGAUCUCAAGGCCGAUGAGCCUCUCACGGCGGGCUUUGACAUGCUUCAGCAGGCUGCGCACCUCCAACAUGCCACAGCCAUGACGGCGCUAGCGCGCUGCCAUGAACUCGGCAUUGGCACGCGCUCCAACCUCGAUGAGGCUUUGGCUUGGCUCGAGUCGGCAGCCGAUCUUGCUGAGCCCAUAGCUGCACACCGCCUGGCCGUGCUUCUCGGAAAAUCCUCGGAACCCCGGUCCACUCGUGAGGCGAACGAAACACAGCCGCCGCAGCGGGAUCAGGCUGUACCGGAUCGCAUUGUGGCGUUGCUGUGCGCAUCCGCCGCCAAAGGCCUUCCCGAGGCACAAGUGGAACUUGGCGUGCGCGCCUAUCGGGGCCUCGAGGCCCCGACCCUUGCACUGCUGGCCUUGGAUGACAUUGGGCUGGAAGACAGCUUGCCUGAGCGCAUUGCUCGCGAAGCACCAGCGAUACGACUCUUUCGGGCCGCGGCGCGGCAGGAGCAUGCAGAGGGUCACUUUAAUCUGGGAUUGUGUUACCAGCACGGUCGUGGGGUGGCGCCGAACCGAGGGCUAGCCCGCGAGCACAUGUUGCUGGCGGCAGAACUGAGCCAUGGCCCGGCCUGGAACCAGCUUGCGAUACUAGAAGAUAACACCCCGCUGCUGGCAAGGGUACGGGGCGUGUCUCUUUCGGCCAAGCAGCGCAAUCACCUCAACAAGGCCCUGGAGCAAGGCUGCACCGUGUCCGGCAUCACGCUGGCCUGGCAGCACGUCAUGCAGGCCAUGGGAGAGACGCGGGCCGUGGUGCAGGGGCCCAUGCUGGAAUUUCUGCGCAAUAGUGCGCAACAACAGCACCAUCCUCGGGCGCAAUUUCUUUUGGGCUGCUGUCUUGAAUAUGGUUUGGACGGAGAGGGCACCCGUGACAUCUGGCAGGCCCUGCAGCUGUACGAAUCGGCUGCUGCCGGCGGUUUUGCCGAAGCACAGCUCCGAUUGGGCUAUGCUUUCUUCUUGGGGGAAGGACGUCCCGAGCGAGCAGAUCGCGCUGUUGCGCUGUUUCGUCAAGCAGCCAGGCAAGAGCUACCAGCCGCCAUCAAUAACCUGGGCGUGGCCCACUACCACGGGGUGGGUGUCAAGCGGGAUCUGGCUCAAGCCGCUCUUCUGUUUGUACAAGCUAGUCAGGACGGAAACCUGGCGGCCACUCGCAACCUUGCCGUAUGCAUGGCCUUGGGUCAUGGCGUGGCCAAGGACGUUGAAGAAGCCGCUGAGCUGCAGCGGCUCGCGCCUCACACACAGACCCAUCCCCACCAUGGCCUCUUCAUCUAG